UGUUGAUUGCACCAUAAAACGUAAUUCUGUGUAAUUGGAACUGGAACUCAAACCAAAGCUCGGGUCUUAGGAGGUUAAAGCAUGAUGCAUGCUAUACAGUCUUGCUUGCAUUGACAUUGUUUCUAACAGACUGGCAUAUGGGUGGCAUGAAUCUUUCAGUCUGUAAGUGUUUUCAUACAGUAGCUCAUAAUAAUGGCCUGAGUGUCCUUCCAACCCUUGACUAUAGGAGGAAAAUGAGGUCCAAAGAGAGUACAGCGGACAGCCCGAUGAAUGAAGUUUUGCUUGUCACACAAACACCACAUGACAUUAAAGAAGAAGAUGAUGGAAAAAUAAUGGACAUUGAGAAAAUAAUCAAAGUUAAAGACACAAAAGCUGAAGAGAACGAUGAGAAAUCAGCACAGAAUGACGGAGAGAUGUUUGGGUCGAGGGAUCUGUCUAAAGCCGACCUUCUGAAGGUACUCGGGAUCAUGGAAGGAGAAAUCCAGGCACGGGAAGAUGUGAUCCGUCUGCUGCGGUCUCAGAUGUCGAGUCGACCGGAGGAACUGAAGUGCCGCUAUGGCAGCGCGUGGCCGACCAAACCCCUGCAGGCCCUGGAGAGAGACGGAGCGCUCACCAACAACCACGCACAUCACCACAAUGUGUACGAGAAGCCAACGGCAGAGCUGGACAGAUUACGAGAUAAACACAAAGAGUCGUACCAGAGAAUGAUGGAACAGCUAUUGCUGGCGGAGAAAAGUCACCGGCGCACCGUUUAUGAGCUGGAGACGGAGAAACGCAAACAUGUGGAUUAUAUGACCAAGAGCGAUGACUUUACCAACCUACUGGAGCAGGAACGAGAGAGGUUAAAGCAGUUGCUGAAACAAGAGAAAGCUUACCAAACGAGAAAGGAAAAAGACUUUUCUAAACGCAUGAGAAGAACAUCUGGAGAACUUGUUAAACUGAAGUCGUUUGCACUGAUGAUGGUCGAUGAGCGAGAACUUCACUUGGAGAAGAUUGACAAACAGCGGCGAAAAAUUCAAGAUCUUCAUGAAAAACUCCAGGAGCAGGAGCAAAAACUCAGCGAAGCGGAGACAAAAACAAAGGAGGACGGUCAGAAGAUUCUGGAUCUUGAGGUUGAGCUAGAAUUAAGAACUUCGACGUUUGCAAAAGAUAAAGAAGAAAUGUCUGCAAAACUGUCCUGUCGGGAAUCUGAACAUCAGCUGCUGUCUGAGAAGCAGAUGGAAUUGUCAAGCAAAAACGAGGAGCUUGAAGAAACCAAUAAAGUCCUUCAGAGAUCACUGGAGGAGAUUCGGGAGUUGAGGAGGAAAAAGGACGAAUGUGGCAACUCAAAUCUGAUAGCAGAAGUUGAGACGUUGCGCAAACGCAUUCUUGAAAUGGAUGGGAAAGAUGAAGAGCUCAGCAGAACUGAAAACAAAUGCAAUGAGUUGAAGAAGAAACUUUAUUCGGAGGAGAUCCAAAAUAAGGAGCUGAGGCAGAAGGUGGAAAAUUUGCAAGAGAGAAUGACGCAGUUGGAUAAACUAGAGAUGACCUUCAGUAUGGGCAGAACAGAAUAUACCCAGCUUCAGGCUGCUUUGGAAAAUGAGAAGAGUCUGACGAAAGAUCUGACAGACGAAUUAGUGAGUCUUAAAAUUCGCAUGAAAGAGCUUGAGUCAUCCGAGCUAAAACUGGAAAAGGAUGAAUUGGAUUUGAAAGAAGAUCUAAUGAAACUCAAGUCGGUCACUGUCAUCAUGGUUAAUGAGCACAAGAACAUGGCAGACAGAAUUAGAUCGGAGGAAAAGAAGAAAGAGGAACUCGACAAACUGUAUAAGGCGGAGCAGGAGAAAGUGACGGAGGUCACAGAGAGGCUAAUCGAAGAGAGCAAGAAACGUCUGAAAUUGAAAUCAGAGAUGGAGUUAAGGAUAGCCGAUCUGGUCAAGGAGAGAGAUGAGAUUAAAAACAAAUGCAAAGAUCAUGGUGUGAUGAAGCACACUACCGAUGAAAUAAAUGAAGAAGAUAGGAAAUCUGUGAAUGCAUCUGGAAAAGAUCCAAAUAAAGUUAAGGAGUUGACUUUGGAGGUUGAAAGGAUGAUGAAUCGCCUCUAUCAACUUGAAGCUCUCGAGGGAGACCUGAUCAGAUCAGAGGAUGAAAUGUUGGAUAAGAUGUUUCCAAAUGCACAGCAAGUUAAGGAAACAAGAAUUGCGUCAAGUACGACAGUAGAGCGAGAUGAGGCAUGCUGUGAGGAAGAUGAUUUACGACAUCGAUUCAUGAUGGAGGAGGCCAAAGCUAGAAACCUUCAGGCAGAGGUGCAAGCCCUGAAGGAGAAAAUUCAUGAGCUCAUGAACAUGGAGGACAAGCUUUCCCAGUUACAGGUGGAUUACUCUGCACUGCAACAGAGGCUCUUGGAAGAGGAGGACAAGAAAAAGAGCGUAAGCGAUGAAGUCCUAAACCUCACCAAAGAACUUGAGGUCACCAAGCUCUUGCGGCCUUGCACCAAGGGAUGCAGAAUGAUGGAAGUUCCAGUGACAUCAACCGGAGUUCAAACAGAUUCGAUCGAAAAUAGGAUGGCUGAGAAUGACUCCCCCACUGUCUUGAUCAAGAAGUCUGUCCAAGAAGAGAAUCGAAUCGUGAACGGUCUUCAACAGAAGAGCUUAAAGAAGCCACAGCAAAGACCAACGGUGCGUGAACUCUAUCCUCCAACAGACUCUACCUUGAAGAAGUCCUGGAUUCCCUGGAUGAAGAAGAAAGACAGCAGUGUUUCUGAAAACUGUGAGGAAUCUCCAUCUUCUGAAGUCGAUCGACCAUUACAUGAUCAAGUGACCCUAGCUCUUCAGAACAGUGAGGGAAGUGUACAAAUUGACAUUAGUUCCUCUUCCAACGAAGUGAUGAAACGAGCAACCGCAGCACAACCCCAAGCGAUUCAGAAACCUCAGAUAACCAUCAUUCCUACAAAUGACAGAACCAAAGAGUCCAAUAAUCCAGAGAGAGCAAGAUCCCCAAUGACCAUCGCCACCAUCUCAAGAGUAAAGAGUCCAGGGAUGGUGAGGUCUCCCUGUACGGAUAGAUCUUUAUCACCUGUAUCCAUGUCAUCUAACAGCAGCUCUCCUGAGCCGGUGGAUAUGAUCACAGGUAGAGCUGUGUACAAAGUGACUCCUGAAAAACGAAUGGUCCCCACACCUAUCAAGAAGUGCGGCGCACAUGCUAAUAUCGUGACCGCGGAGGACAGCAAGACUCACUUUCACUUAGGAUCGCAGAUCAAGAAGCCCACAGAAAACCACAACUCCAUGGCCAAAUCGGUUUCUGUCACAUCUGAGAGUAAGGAAGUUUCAGGAACUGUGCUUCGUUCAGCGCAAAGCGUUACGGUCAGUAAAUCAUCAUCUAAACUGACGAGCGGAGUCACGAAAGCGCCAGGCAGACCAACACUCUCAGUGCAGCCUGUUCUGGAUGCUCCACCAGCACGUUCAGGGUUCACGCGUAUUCCCAUGUCUCGAGGAAUGAAAACUGGUAAAGCAGUGCUUGGGGCUCUUGGGAUCAACACAGGUGUUAAAACGGAAACACAUGCAGAGAAUCAGACCAUGCACACUGAGCUGAAGAAAACAACUUUAAGCAACGGAGCCUGUCAGGGUGGAGGAAAGAGUUAAAAUUGUUGACUUUUUUUACUGGAAAUGAAUGCACUUCAAUGGCUUCUGUAAAUGUUACAGUACAGAAGAGGACGCUUAUGUUUCUUGCCCUCAAGUUAAUGGAGUUUGGCUUUUUUUGUCUUUGCUGCAGGACAAUGUCAGUCGAUGGCAACAGAGAUCCAGGUUUGUCUGGCAAAUGGACGGGUAGUCUAUAUCUUGUUUCUGUUUUUUUUUUUUUUGACAGCUAUUUAAAUGUAUCUGUGUAUUCUGACAUUAAGUAAACAUUAACACUAUUUUGAAUUGUGAUUUUUAGUGUUGAUGUCGAUCUCUAGAAUGUACAUAAUAUCAGACCAAGCAUUUUUUUUUGUGUACUGUUGUUGUGAAUUUGAAUGCAUUGACAGUCUUACUGAUGACAUCAUCUGUUUUGCAAGAUUUUAUUGUUAUUAUUUGUAAACUGAUGCAAGGUAAAAAAACUACCUGUGAAAAUGUACAGUAUUUUUCUUGCUAGUUAUUUCAGUCAAUUAUAUGGUUUUCUUUGUUUGCAUUACUGAAACCUAAUAGAGAGCUGCAGAGAUUACGUAUUUUUGUAGGCCAACCUGGAAGAUCCCUUGGCAAAACGUCAAUGAGAUUUUUCCAUAUGGGUUUGGAUUAUCACAAAAAUAUAAGUUCUGUGAGCAACAAGAGGUUAUGAUACUUACAUGUUUUGUCCAUCAAGAUCAUCUGCAUAGAUAAACACAACUUUUAUGAAUUUUUAGGUCUAAAUUAAUUUACUAGGAAUUUAAAGCUAACCUAUAAGCGAAAUACACCACAGUCACUCGACUUUAACAUCAUCAUCACCACCACCAAGCUUCCAACAACUCUUUUAAACUUUAUUAUAAACUGAUAAGGAAAUACUGAACCUUUUUGCGGGAUUGUGCCCAUGUUGCGCUGUUUUUGAGAUUUUUAUGUAGGGUGAUGUUUAAAAUUCCCAACAACGUAUUGAGUCCAUGUCGCAACUUGUCAGCAACUGCCCUUUUAAAGAAACAUAAAAAAUGUUAGUGUUUUAAUUUUCAAGUAUUACUGGUGUGUGUUUUAUGUUGUCGUAGAAUAAAAUGAGAAAGCUUGUGCUAACCACAGAUCUUUUUUAAGGUGUUUAAUCAAACCCCAUCCAAAAACCCACUGACUUCAGGACGAGACUGGAAGUGCUAAAACGUGCACUCAUUUCCAGCUUUUGUCUUCAAGAAUACAUCAUCCCUUCAGCUCUAUAUUCUGAUUUAAAUGUUAACAGUGCUGUCACUUCCUGGCUUGUACACAUUAUGCAGCUACUGGUUUAUUUUGGUAUUGUUGUUUAUUUCAAGUCACUUGUUGUGUAAUGUUUACUUUGCAUAAAAAUGUUUAUUUAUUGUCGCUACUGUUGUGUUUUAUAUGCUAAUAUGUUGGUAUUUGUGCAUAUGUGGUUGACAGCUCAUAUUUCAAAUGAAUUAUAGAUAACAGUCACACAAGGCAAGGAUUUUAACAAUCCCUACCCAAAUAACUUUAUUUUUAAAACUUUAUUUUAAAAUCUCGGCUUGGACUAUUUGGUACACAUACUUAUUUCUGGAUUUUAUAUAGUAUGGAACUAGGAGAUUUUGUAUGCAUGGAUAAUGUUGUGUCUUUUUUCCUAUCAGUAAAAAUUGCGUUGUGCAAUAUUUUUGUGACAAUUAAGCACUUAGAAAGGCUUAAAGAGAAUGCAUUUAGAAAAAAGAAUAACUUGUUAACUUGUUAUGUAUAUUGUAAGUAUAAAACAAUGUAUGUUGCAUUGUAUUUAAUGUAAUUCAUUUUGAUAGUUUAUUAAAUAAAGGAAUACA